AUGUUUGCAUUUGAAGUUAUCGACCUCACGAAUGAGGAUGUUUACGAGCGCGAAAUUGAAGUCAUCGAUCUUGAACCUAAUGAAAGUACGAGUGCAGAUUCAGUUAGUGACGGCGAUUGUGUUCACAACGAAAUUCAUAUUGCAGAUGAAGAAAGGGACGCGAAUUGUGUAAUGAGUGAUGAAACGGAGGACGAUUUAUCGCUUUAUGAAGGGCCUUUCGAGUUCCCCGAUAGUGAACGUGUUGCAUCACUCAAUUAUGAAAUUGGUGUGGAUGAAGUGGAGAUCGUCGAUUUCGUGAGUAAUGAUGGUAGUGAUGAGGAAGAAGUGAUGGUGAUUGACAUUUCAGACAACGAAGGUGAUGAAGUUAGUGUGGACAAUGAUGUGGGUGGUGAAAGAGAUAAUAUGAUUAUUAAUAUCUCAGAUGAUGACGACGACGACGACGACGACGGAGGUAAUAUCAACAAUCAGGACAAUAAUGUGCGCAAUAAUGGAGAUGAUAUCGAUGAGUUAAACGAUGAAGAUGUGAAUAACAUUCUCGAUGAAACGGAGCGGGACUUUGCUUAUUAUGAGCGAGAUGUCGAGUUUCAUCAAAUCGAACAGAGGAAACUAAUCCGCCGGAUGAAGGCUUUGAGUCGGAUUCCUCCGUCGAUGAGGGGGAAUCAACUCAACGGCGGCUGA